AUGUCUCGCGGCGGCACCACCCUUUACGUGACCGGCUUCAGCCACGGUACCCGCGCUCGCGACCUCGCCUACGAGUUCGAACGCUAUGGCCGACUGGUUCGCUGUGACAUUCCUGCACCCAGGUCUACGUCCAGCCGUCUCUUCGCCUUUGUUGAGUAUGAGGACCGACGUGAUGCUGAUGAUGCUUAUCAUGAGAUGCACAACAAACGUAUUGGUCGUGAUGACAUUCUAAAGAUCGAGUGGGCUCGCACUCCUCCUUCUGCAUCUUGGCGCUUCGAGUCAGGCCGCGAUCGUGAUCGGCGUGGUGGGGCCCGCUCUCCUAGACGUGGACGUUCUCCUUCUCCUCGUCGCAGCACUCGUGAUUAUUCUCCUCGCAAGGACGACCGCAGGGACCGUGACCGAGACUAUGAUCGCGAGAGCCGACGUGACAGGGAUCGCUCCCGCAGUCCUGACCACCGGGACCGUGAGCGGGACUCUAAGGAUGAUCGCGAGGACCGUGACCGCCGAGAGAACGGCACCAACGGUGAUGACCGAAAGCCUCUCGACAGUCCUCCCCCUGCUAACGAGGAUCUCGACGUCGCCGAGUGA